AGAACAGUGAUGGAAAACUCAACUUCAGUCACCGAGUUUAUCCUAGUAGGAAUCACAGAUCAACCUCAACUCCAGUGGCCCUUCUUCUUCCUCUUCUUAAUGAACUAUUUGAUCACAGUGGUAGGAAAUUUUAGCCUAAUUAAUCUUAUAUGCCUGAAUUCUCACCUUCACACACCCAUGUACUUUUUCAUCUUCAAUCUCUCCUUCAUAGAUCUCUGUCACUCUUUGAUUAUCACCCCAAAAAUGCUGGUGAGCUUUGUCACAAAGAAUAUCAUCUCCUUUGCAGGCUGCAUGGCUCAGUUAUUUUUUUUUUGUUUCUUUGUCCACACGGAAUGCUACGUGUUGACAGCCAUGGCCUAUGACCGCUAUGUGGCUAUCUGUCAGCCCCUCACAUACACUACCACCAUGUCCCCUCUGGUCUGCUCUCUGCUGAUGUUUGGCUCCUAUGUAAUGGGCUUUGCUGGAGCCAUGGCCCACACAGGGGACAUGGUCAGACUAUCCUUUUGUGAUUCUAACAUCAUCAACCAUUACAUGUGUGACAUCUUCCCCCUCCUCCAACUCUCCUGCAGCAGCACCUAUGUCAAUGAGUUGGUGGAUUCCAUCAUUGUAAGCACCGUUGUAAUCAUGUCCAGCUUCAUUAUUCUUAUUUCUUAUGCUUUAAUCCUCUCUAAUAUCCUACGCAUGUCAUCUUCACAGGGGAUGUCCAAAGCCUUUAGCACCUGCAGCUCCCACAUAGCCACUGUUGCCCUCUUCUAUGGUUCUGGGAUGUUCACACAUCUCAAGACCUCCUCUAAUGGCUCCUUUAGCCAAGGCAGGUUCUUCUCCAUAUUUUAUACCAAUGUAGUGCCCAUGUUAAAUCCCCUUAUAUAUAGUCUAAGAAACAAGGAUGUCAAACAUGCCCUGAAGAAAACCCUGAAGAAAAUUGUAAACUAA